AUGUUCGCUGCUGAAACCAAAGCAUUGGUGAAAAACACCGGAGCGGAAGAUGAUCUGAUUGCUAACUGUAAUUUAAAUAAAAAGAUGGAAAUUCUGACUCUAGUUCGGAUCAGAAAGGGAAGCAUCUUUCAGUACCCCAAAUACAAGCCCCUGAACAUCACUCUACCUGAGCUGAUGAAGGAGCAGGACUUUUCUCCAGAUUUUGAGGAGAAAGUCUUGGUGGACGACUUUAAGACUUGGGUCGAAACCAGCGGCAGCAGCAAACUGGGCGGAGGACAUGACGCUGUUGGUAAUGCGGAAAUGUCUGGGAACUAUGACUCUGUGGAUGGUCUGGCUGAGCCGGUCAGCAUCAAGAAAAAGAAAGUCCACCUUCCAGAUGUGAGGAGCAGGUUUAGCGGCAGGAUGAUAAAAGGAGACACCCUGAAGCUGCUCAAGCUAAAGGAAAAGGACAAACUGGCCGUUGUUUAUGAGACUGUUUACAACAGCGGAGCUGUGACCAUAAUCAGCAAAAGGAAAAAAGACGGAUGCAUCUCAGCUUCUUUCAAUAAAAUGGCCAAUCUGUUCUUUAAGGGCGACUCGAAGCAGGACACCAGCUUUACUGUACCAGAAAAUUGCACCUUUGCUUUCAGCCUGGUGGAGCUCCUCCUGGAGGAUGGGAAGAUCGAAAUCUCACUAGAAAGCUGGACUCAUACACGAAGAGGUCUGAGCCACGAUGCUCUGAACUAUGAGAUGAUGGAACAAGUCAGAGAAGGGAUUGAGAUGAAGGAGUUUCUACUGAAACCAUUGGAAGAACUUCCUGAGUCGACUCGUCGUGAGCUGCUGAAGGGUCUUCAAGAUGUUCUGGAGGAAGGAGACGCUCUGAGUCUCCUGGGGGAGACGAUGGAUCAGAGCAGUGAAGGAGAGUAUGAGCAUCCCCGCUCUCAGGCCAUCUCUAACCUCAUGGACCUCCUGGACCGGUCCAAAGGGUCCAAAGCGGUGAAGGACUCUGUUCUCCUGCUGGUCUCAGCCAUGGAGGCUCUGCCAGAGGUAAUGGUGCGACCUUUGACCUUCUGUGAUCCUGAAACUCUCACAGUCCUCAGCCAGCUGGUGAACAGCCUGAAGGACGAAGGAGAAGCCUCUCUCCCAGAGUCUCUGCCCGUCUCCCUGCAGCAGGACGGGGAGCUGCGCUGGGCGGCUGAGCUCCUCUGUGCGUCUGAAAAGACGCUGGCAGAGCUGAGUGACAGCUUGGACCAACCACCGGAGGUUCUACUGGAGGUUCUGGCUCUGACUGUGCUUGGAGUCCACAUGCUGCAGCCCAGAGAGUGAAGCUGGUUCUGCUGGUGGAGCUUCAGGAGCAGCAAUGCAUUUACACCAAAUGACCGGCCAAAUUAUUCCUCAUUUUUUUCCAACAAACACCAAACACUGAUGAAAGCAAUUUUAAUUUGCAAAUAUCAGGCUUUUAGAGUCCAGCAACUUUCAAAAUAAGAGCAAUCAUUGAUAUUACAGAAUCAGCUUUCUUUGCCCGUUUCUUAUACAAACUAUACCUUUUAUUUUGGUUCCACUUUAAUGUUAAGACAUUUUUUUAAUUUACCAUUUAAUUUUAUCCAAUGUGAAGAAAAAAAUGACAGAUCAACAUUUGAAACAUACAUUAUACAUU